CCGCAACAUAACGACGUGACGAGCGAGGCUCAGUAUGCGUCGCAAUCGCUCUUUUUUAGCAGCCGAGCGCCCCAGAGCUCUGCCAUCGACCCUCACUCCGCCUCCCGAGCACCGCUAACACCAGAACCGCGAGCCCGCUCCGAUACACCGUCGACCGACCAGCUAGGAGGCAAUGGACAUAUCGCGCUUGGCCGAGAUCGAGAGCUGUGCCAACGAGCUUAGUCAUGCCGCCAAGACCCUGGCCGAGUACUGUCAGACCGCUCAAACCCAGGUCUCGGACUCGGACUCGUCAACCGGCCUUCCGUCAGUGGCUCCCGACCGUCCCAGCCAGGCUCAUCGGGCAAGGAAAAGCAUCUUGGCCAGCGUGGCAAGACUGCAGAAUCUCAUCGCGGAGCCGGGCCGUUUCCUCGAGCAGCUGGCUAGCCAGAACCAGCUCUUGGCAUGCCUCCAUUGGCUCAGCGAGUUCCAGGUGCUCGCCUGCAUUCCGCUCCAGGGCAAUGUGCCGGCCAGAGAUGUGGCUGAGCUGACGGGAGUGCCCGAGAUAUUGCUUGUCCGCGUCGUGCGCAUGACGAGCACGGCGGGAUUCCUGUGCGAGCCCCGGCCACGCCACGUCGCUCACACCCCUUUAUCCGCCGGUUUCGUCACCAAGCCGUCGCUGGGAGACGCAGCCGUGUUCCUCGGCGGAACCGUGGGGCGCGCGGCGCUGCACAUGGCCGCGGCGACGCAGCGGUACGGCGAAACGGAACGACCGGAGCAGAGUUCAUUCGUCCUCUCGGACAAAGCCCAGCAAUCUUUCCAUCAGGCGUGCGAGCAGCGCCCCAAGCUGCAGCGGCAGUGGGCAGCUUACCGGCGGUGGUUGCUGGACGUCGAAGACAGGCUGGCUGAGCUGCUUAGCCGGUUCGACUGGGAGCGGCAGCGGAGCGCGUGCAUUAUUGAGGCUGGCCCCCUACCGUCGUGCAUCGUCCGACGCAUCGCCGAGCGCAACAGCCACCUCCAUAUCACUGUCCAGAUAAGCGAGCCGUCACUGUUCGACACGGCUCACCACGCGGCGACAGGCGGCACUGGCACGGCCAGCGUCAGGGACCUGUUUGGCGCAACCAUCAGCUCGCCUCCAUCUCCGGCGUCAGUAUCGCCUCCAGUGCCAUCCCUCUCUCCAUCGCCGCCCUCGCUGCAUUCUUCACACGUCAGCGUGCAGCGGAGAGCGACCGGCCAGCCUCAGACGGUGCGCAACGCCGGCGUGUACGUGCUGAAUUUGGGCUCACCGUCGACCACGCCGGCCGAGUCCCUGUCGAGCCUGAUCGCCAGGGUGACGGCCGAGCUGCUCGCGCACCUGCCCGUCCUCCGCCACAACCGCGGAGCCACCCUUGUCGUGGCCAUGCGGCUGCUGCCCGAUCCAGAGAGCGCAGAUGCCGCGGUCGAGGCCGAUGCGCGCACACGCGAUCUCGUGCUGCUGCAGCUGGCCAAUGAGCGCGACCUCGAAGUCAGCGAGCUUGUCGAUCUAAUUCAGGCCGUCGGCGACAGGACCGGAAGGCUCACCGUGGUCAGCAGGGCGACGGGGCGGGACAACUCGGUUACGGCUCUGGCGGUCAGGUUUCAAGCUACUGCGUGAAAAAAAA